AUGUCACAUCUGAAAGAAACCGAAAACUGUAUAUUGUGUGGGAGUAAAGUUCCAAGUGUUGGUCACAGUCGUUUUUAUGUGAGGCAUGACGGAAGUACUAAACUUUCGCAGGUUAUUUCUGAACUACCAACUAAUCUGCAUCGAAGAUUACAAAUUGACUGGUCUUUAAGGCAAUUUUGCUGUAGAGACUGUAAAAUAUUAUUAGAAAAACGACAGAAGGUCAGUGCAAAAGUUGCACAAAUCGAAGCUGAUAUACUUAAUCGUAUAAAUGUAUCAAAGGGAACUUGUUCAAAAAAGCUUUCAUAUGAUUGUGACCCAGCUAUUAAUACCAGCACGCUAAAACGUACGGAUGUUAUUUUACAAACUACUUCACAUCCAGUUCCACCUGUUUCUCCAAUUCAACCAAUUUCGUCAAAACGUCUUUGUGAUCGAAGUUGCCAAACUCAAACUACAUUCCAAAGUCAUGAACAUGGUCACGAGGAUUUGGGUUGCAAGGUAGGAGUUCGUAUAAAAUUUAUUAUGGCAUUUCAUACUUUUUAAUAAUUUAACUAAAAACACUCAUGAGGAUUAAGUACCAAUAUUAAUUUAUAAAAAAACGGUACAUGAUAUAUGUAGGUAUGUAUAUGAUGGUGCCAAUGCUAUAUAAUAUUAAUUGUAUAUUUAUUAAUUUAUACUGUCAGAUUAUUGUGUCUUGGCCAUCACAACAGAGACAGCGCAAGUUAAAUAAAUGCCUUGAACCACUGGCGAAAGCCAUGUUGCGUGGGACUUGGUGUGAUAUUGCAUGAGCUGUAUUUAAGGUAACAAAUUAAUGCUUAUAUUUAACUUUUUAAAUGAAUAUUUUAAAUUAAGCAACAAUGUAUGGCUUGGUCGCAUGCCCUGUAAUAUGUAUAAUACUUUCCACAUUUUGAUAUAAUUAUGCAUGCACCCAUGUCUGCAUGAUCUUUUAUAUUUGACAUGAUUGUUUUCUUUUUUGGCCAUUACCUGUCACAGACAAAUAACGUCUUCCAUGGUUUUGGUUUGGUUUAAAGCCUAGUUUCCAUUUGGUCGUUAGUUGUCGCUGGCACGACAAGUGGCUGAUGUAAUAGAGUGCCAACAAAACUUUACAAAACUCUGCAAUCAUUAAGACUGAUUUGCAUAUAACACACACAAAGAUUAUUAUGAUAUUAGACUAUUUCACAUAUACUGCCUGUUGUACCAGCGACAAUUAACGACCAAAUGGAAACUAGGCUUAAGAGUUCAGCAGGCUGAACAAUGCAUAUUAAUGUAUUUGAGAAUGGUUUCUGUUACAUUAUAUACUGGUAUAAAUAAGCACUUUAUAUGAUUAGUAUUUGUUAGCCUUUGAAUACAGAUCUGAAACAAGUUGUUCAUAAGAUGAAAUUUUUAUUGGAUGGAUAACAUAUGUUGUGUAAACUAACUGUGUUAUUUGUUGAUAAACUUUGUUUUCUAUUAUCUUCAUACAGGUCAAUGAGAUCAGGCAUGAGUUGCUUACACUUUUCACAAAGGCUGUUUCUGUUGAGUGUUCUUCUAUGACAUCACUAAAUAACCCAACUAUCCUCAAAGAUGUAACAACGGAAGGGAUUAGAUCACUUACUAUAACAAAAAUCAUUAAGGAAUUGAAGGAGAGAACUCCAAUUCUGUAUUCUACAUUGGUAUCAAGUGCUGUGUCAACAAGAAGUAAGAGAGGGGAUGCUGAUAUAAUACCUGGUGUUGCUGUUGCAGCAUUAAUAUUACUUAAAAAAAGAUGCCGAAGAGCUACUGGUCUCCAACUGAUGAUUACAACUAUCAUAAAAUAUUCUGGAUUCAAUGUAAGUGUCAAUAUUUAUAAGUAUUUAAUUUAAGCAACUAGUGUGUAAAUAUAUACCAUAUGGUACUUUACUAUUAUUUUCCACAAAUUGGUUACAAAUUUUUUUGUAACCAUGACACAACCAAUUACUUCAGUCUUGAGAACAACAGCUACUAAACCACUGGUAAUAAAUAAUGCAUUUGUUUUCUUUUUUCUACUGCAGUCGAUGUGUGCAUUCCUUUCUGCCUUGCAAAUUGGUGUUUCUGCAUCUUAUUUCAACAAAAAAUGUGACGAGUUUGGUUCUAGCUAUAAUGAAAGGCUACUGGCAGAUAAAAGUAAAGAGGAACAGGCCCUGAGGAGACAUUAUUAUGAAGACAUUGGAAAUGGUGAUUUUGGACCUGGUUGGAAAAUAGUUUUUGAUAAUUUUGAUAUGUAUCAAAGAGUUCACGAUAUGACUGAAGAUAAUCAAAACAAAGAUAUUCAUUGGGUGAAUCAUGUCAAAGUUUCAAACAGAGUUUCUGGGAAUGAGUUACCAGAUGAUAAACCAAUCAAGAAUUGUCUUUCUGAUCUUGACAACUCUAAAGUUGCACCAUCUGCAAUAGAACAUAUCUGUCAACGUGCAAACUAUGUAAAUCUUGUUUCAAGGGUAUUGGUGGAAGAAAUUCCAUGUUUGCAGUUCUGUAAAGACAGCAUUUUAUACCAUAUUCCUCAUAAGCAUUCACUUGAGGCUGCAACAAAAUCAGAAAAGGUAAAUAUCCAUGCCACAGUGUCAGACUGUUACUUUACAAUAGGUUGAAAUUACUGUCACAAAAUACUUGCAUGUAAUAAAACUGGCAAAAAAAUAUAUGAUGCAUGACAAGACAAAUAAUUCAUUCCAUUUAUAAUAGAUACAUUUUAACUACACUUCAGUCAUUAGUGCAUGAACAAUCAAAAGUAGACCAUCAAUUAGUAGACCAUCAAAAUUUGUUAAAAGUGAAAUAUAAAUGAUAUAUUUGUUUGAAUAAUCUUUCUCUUUUAUACUUAGGAGUGCCUGGGAAUUAUUUAG